AUGGAAACUGGAUUUUGUUUGAGCUCUGAACUCGUUUCUCUCCUACCACCGCAGCUUCCUUCCCCAAAUGGCUCCAGAGAUCUCUCCUCUGCUUUCUACCUUCUAUUGCCCCUUCUCCAACUACCUUUCCUCCUCUUUCUAGCUCUCCAUGCCCAAAAUGUUCGGCUUUUCUCGCCGCCGGAUGAAGCUCGGAAGGCUGAAGGUUCAUCUGGGGGAUCCUUCGCAGGGGACCAGAAGUCCCAGUCGGCCCACAAAGCGAGUCAACCAGUCCGAUGGAGAGAAUGUGGUUUCAGCUUCGGUGAGUGGUCGGUCUGAUGACAUCAAUUGCCCAUGCUCAGUGGGUGCAUUUGAUCCCAGUAAGCGCAGUCUGGGGAGUUCUGACAAUUGGAUGGUGUUGCCGACGGAAGGGCACAAACCAGCUCCUCGAUUCCAUCAUGCAGCAGCUGUUGUUGGGAGCAAAAUGGUGGUUGUGGGCGGUGAUUCUGGCCGCGGAUUGUUGGAUGACACGCUGAUAUUAAGUUUGGACAAACUUACCUGGGCUGCUGCUGCUCCUGCUCCAAAGAUUCCCUUAUCACCAAGCGGCUGUUCCUUGAAAAUUCCUGCAUGCAAAGGUCACUCUCUGGUGUCUUGGGGAAAAAUGGUUCUUCUUAUUGGGGGGAAAACUGAUCCUGUGAGUCACAAAAUAUCAGUAUGGUCCUUUGAUGUAGAAACAGAAUGCUGGGCGCAUAUAGAAGCCAAAGGAGACAUCCCGGCUGCGCGCAGUGGGCAUACUGUAAUCAGAGCAGGUCCUGCCUUGAUCCUGUUUGGGGGCGAGGAUGCAAAAAGGAGAAAAUUAAAUGAUCUUCAUAUGUUUGAUCUUAAGUCUUUAACAUGGCUUCCCUUACAUUAUACAGGAACAGGACCUUCUCCAAGAUCAAAUCAUGUGGCAGCUCUUUAUGACGACAGAUUCCUUUUUGUUUUUGGAGGGCAAUCAAAGUCCAGGAUUCUGAAUGAUCUUUAUUCACUAGACUUUGAAUCAAUGGUGUGGACAAGACUAAAGAUCUGUGGUCAUCAUCCAUCACCUAGAGCAGGUUGCUGUGGGGCCCUUUGUGGAACUAAAUGGUAUAUCACAGGGGGUGGAAGCAAGAAAAAACGACAUUUGGAAACUCUAGUCUUUGACGUUCUAAAAUUUGAGUGGUCUGUUUCUGUUACUUCACCUGGUGCUUCUGUUACUACCAACAAAGGGUUUAGUGUAGUUCCUGUUCGUCACAGUGAUAAGAGUUUUCUUGUAGCUUUUGGAGGAAACAAGAAAGAGCCAUCAAAUCAGUCUGAAAUAUUGGUCUUAUUCAAUAAUGAACAUUCAAUGAGCUGGCGAUCUGCCCCAGAUGCAUUAUCAUAUGAAGAUUGCCCUGCAAGCACCAAAGAUCUUGGUGCUCAUCUUAACAGUGCUGCUCCCCCUUGUUCUGUUGAUCCUGUUGGCAGGCAUAGUCUAGCAUCUGCAGUAGAGCAACAUGCAUCUGGCAGGAAAUCUGUUUCAGAUUCAUCCACUGAUCUACAUUCUAUUUCCAGUACUAUGUCACUCCGUAAGCAGUUCCACCAUGAAGAAGAUUACAAUUUGGCUAUUAGGAUGCUGAAAUCUCCUGAAGAUGACAAACAUAAGGCAAUGGAGCAGAGAAGCAAGAAGCUAGAAACUGCAGUCGAGAUGGAUAUUGCUGGAAUUUUAGCAAGCACCGAAGAAAACCUAUUUGACUCUGAAAGCUCAAACCUUUAUCAGAAGCUGGGGAAUAACGAUCUUAUGGCUGAUAGUAAUCAUAUUGCACCUCCAGAAACUGAUGGCAGAUCCGGGCUUCUAGCAAAUCCUUAUAUAUAUCAAUUGUAUGAAACCAAAAUAGUCACUUUGACUAGAAAAAAUGUGUUGCUAGAAGAGCAGUUGACUGCUGCAUUGGCAAACCAGGAAGCUGCAGAGAAUAAUUUAUCUUCUGCUCUCAAGAGUAGGCAGGACAUGGAGAAAAAGCUUGCCGAUGCAAUGAAAGAAGUGGAACUGCUGAAAGAGAAGCUGGCAGGCAUGGAGUUAGCUCAAGAAGAGGCAAAUAAUCUGUCAAAUAUGAGCCACUCUGAUAAUGUGCGGCUUGAGCAUGAUGUGGCAUUCUUAAAGGCGGUUUUGGAUGAUACCCAAAAGGAGCUGCAUUCAACCCGGGGAGUUUUAGCAGGAGAAAGGGCAAGAGCAUUCCAGCUCCAGGUGGAAGCCUUCCAUCUGAAGCAAAGAUUGCAAUCUAUGGAGAACAGGGCACCGACACCAAGAAAACCUUUCCACAUUUAGAAUAGAAUCUUUUUUUCCCCUUAUCCUCAGAAUGUUGAACUCGCUUUUUUGCGAGUCUUUAUAAAAGACAUCUGUAGUUUUGGUGACCAUAGACUUCUUUGUCUGUACAGAGUUUUCAUGGUAUAACUGCAUCACGAAAAUUUAAAACAGCAACUUGUUUCCUUGUCAAAUAUUAUGGGGGACUAGAAUCUUGAAAAUCUUAUUGACUACAUGAAGAUGAUUCCAUAAUCAUUUCAUUGUGCCAGAGGUUUAUAAAUUACUCAUUGUGUU